AUGUCACCCAUCAGCUUGAUUGACCACUCGCCUCGCAAUCCCAACCCCUCUCCGCCGAUACCCACCGCCUCCAAUGUCAUCCUCAUUGACAACUACGACUCUUUCACCUGGAACGUCUAUCAGUACCUUGUCUUUGAGGGUGCAUUCGUAACUGUCUAUCGCAAUGAUGAGAUUACCCUUGAUGAGCUCAUCGCAAAGAAGCCCACUCAGCUUGUCAUCAGCCCAGGUCCUGGACACCCGGAAAAGGACGCUGGCAUUAGCAAUGCAGCCAUUAAGCACUUCAGUGGCAAAAUUCCGAUUUUAGGCGUAUGCAUGGGAGAACAGUGCAUCUUCUACAGCUACGGAGGCACCGUAGACGUUACUGGUCAGAUUCUCCACGGAAAAACAUCCCCUCUCAAGCACGAUGCCAAGGGUGUUUUUGCAGGCGUGCCCCAGGAUGUACCAGUUACUAGGUAUCAUUCUCUUGCCGGUACUCACGGCACCCUUCCAGACUGCCUUGAGAUUACUGCAACCAUUCCCGCAAAUGCAGAUGCCGAGAUCAAGGAGGUCAUCAUGGGCGUUCGCCACAAAGAGUAUGUGAUUGAAGGCGUGCAGUUUCAUCCAGAGAGCAUUUUGACCGAGCAUGGACGUCUUAUGAUGAGAAACUUCCUCAAGAUGCAAGGAGGCACGUGGACUGAGAACGACCGACUGCAGAAAGAGGCACAUGCCCAGGCAAUUGGAGCUGCUUCCAACGACACUGCCAACGGCGCAAAGAAGGACAAGCAGACCUCCAUCUUGGAAAAGAUUUACGAUCACCGCAGGGCAGCCGUUGCUGAGCAGAAGAAGAUCCCCUCUCAAAGACCUAUCGAUUUACAGGCUGCAUAUGACCUGAAUUUGGCCCCGCCGCAGAUCAACUUUCCGGAACGUCUUAGACAGUCUCCUUUCAGACUCUCGCUCAUGUCUGAAAUCAAGCGUGCGUCGCCUUCCAAAGGUAUCAUUUCGCUGUCGACGUGUGCGCCUGCUCAAGCCAGAUUGUAUGCCAAGGCUGGCGCCAGCACCAUUUCCGUGCUCACAGAACCUGAAUGGUUCAAGGGUAGUAUUGAGGACCUCAAGGCCGUUCGACAGAGCAUUGAAGGCAUGCCCAACCGGCCUGCCGUGCUGCGCAAGGAAUUCAUCUUCGAUGAGUACCAGAUCCUCGAGGCUAGGCUUGCGGGUGCGGAUACCGUGUUGCUAAUUGUCAAGAUGCUAGAGGAGCCGGUCCUGAAGAAACUCUACGACUACUCCAGAUCACUUGGAAUGGAGCCCUUAGUUGAGGUGCAGAAUGCUGACGAGACUGAGAUUGCAGUCAAGUUGGGCGCCCAGGUUAUCGGUGUGAACAACCGGAACCUGGUAAACUUCGAGGUCGACAUGGAAACAACGAACCGCCUGAUAAAUAUGGUCCCGAAAGAGACAAUCCUGUGCGCGCUGAGUGGUAUUGCUGGCCCCAAGGAUGUAGAGCCGUACAUCAAGAGUGGGGUUGGUGCAGUCUUAGUUGGAGAAGCGCUUAUGCGGGCGUCAAACACUGCACAAUUCAUCUCAGAGCUCCUAGGUGGAACUACUACCGAGGAAGUUCGGGCAUCUUCUGGUCCAAUGGUCAAAAUCUGUGGGACACAAAGUGUAGAGGCUGCUGUAGCUGCGGUCGAAGCGGGAGCCGAUCUUAUCGGCAUAAUUCUUGCUCCUGGACUCAAGCGAACAGUAACAGCAGAGACGGCCCUUGCGAUAUCUGAAGCAGUUCACAAAACCAAGAAGCCGAAUGUCUCAAAAUCAGGGCUCCUGGCCGACUCAAAGACCGCGUCCGACUUUUUUGAUCAUGGUGCGUCACGACUUGUUGGAGGCGAUAGUCGUGCGCUGCUCGUGGGAGUCUUCCGCAAUCAGUCGCUAGAGUAUGUGCUUGAGCAGCAGCGGUUACUAAAUCUGGAUGUUGUGCAAUUACACGGCCAAGAGCCACUUGAGUGGGCGAAGCUUAUCCCUGUUCCUGUCCUGAAAGCAUUUAAACCGCAAGACCAUGGUAUCGGCACAAGAGGUUACCAUGCUCUUCCCUUGCUGGAUGCUGGGUCAGGAGGCUCUGGCCAGCAACUGGAAUUGACAGACGUCAAGGCAGUAUUUGCCAAGGAUGAUGGCAUCAAGAUCAUACUGGCAGGAGGCUUGAACCCAGACAACGUACAGACAACGCUCUCUGGGCUUGAUGAGUAUCGAGACCGGGUCUAUGCAGUUGAUGUCAGCAGUGGUGUUGAGGAGGAUGGUCAGCAGAGCUUGGACAAGAUCCGUUCGUUUGUGAAGGCGGCUAAGAGUUUGUAA